AUAUAAAUGUGCAUCGUGUGCUAGCUCAAUCGACAAACGAGCUAAAGGUCGAGGUGUGGACUGGCAGAGCCGAUUGCAGCCCACGCGGAAAUCUGUUGCGUCUCUCUUCACCGGCUAAUGCCAACUUCACAGCUUCCAAAGGUGGGUCAAUAGAAUACAAACACAGCCUGGGGAGCAGUGCGGACCCAGAGGAACUAUCUGGUAUAUCCAGCAGAAAUGGCAAAAAGGAAGACAGACAUGCGACUGAUUUUCAGUGUUCCAAAACUUCAAUUUCCACGAAUGAGUUCACUGAUACCUCCAACAGUCUGGGGAGCAGUGUAGACCCGGUGAAACAACCUGAUAUACGUUACUAUGGACUCCAUAACCUGGGGGCCACAUGCUACUUAAAUGCAGUGCUGCAGACACUAUUCAUGACCAAGCAAUUCAGGGAGGCUGUGGAGAGUCCAACUCUUUCAGAUCAUUUAAGGAGUGUGUUUAAGAUGUUAAAGGAAGGAACCACAGAUGUGGGAAAUGAGCUUCUAAAAAGCCUCGGCAUCACAAACACAAAUGAACAGCAAGAUGCUGCAGAAUACUUUCAGAAGAUUGUGAGCUCAUGCAACAUAACCAAGAUCUACCACGGUACACUUAGAGAUUCUACCAAGUGCCUGAAGAAAGGACAUACGAAUGGAUCAGAAUCAUCAUUUGUGAUUCUGCCACUGGCUCUUGAAUCACGUCAAAGCUACAGUGUGGAGGAUGGUUGGAAGCAAUUCUUCAAGCCCUCAUUUCUGAAUGGUGAUAAUCAGCUGUACUGCGACGAUUGUGAUGAGAAGACAGAUGCAGAAGCUGUUUGUGAAUUAGUGAGUUAUCCUGAGGUCUUAACUUUACAACUGAAGAGGUUUUACUUUGACUACAACUACAUGAUGUAUAUGAAGAACAACUGCAAGGUGGAAAUUCCCGUCGAACUAGUCACUCAGAAAUACACUUAUGAGCUCUAUGCUAUAAUCAAACAUAAAGGUUCUGUGAAAUUUGGACAUUAUUACACGAUCAUCAAGUCAUUUGAGGGUGGAAAGUGGUACCAUUUUGAUGACAGCCGGGUCACUGAGGAAAACCCCAAGAUUUACAAUGAGAAGACCAUUAAAUCUGAUUAUGCCUUUAUGCUGAUGUACACAAAACGAUCAGGAGGAAAGGAACACGCACAAGGAGCUGAAGGUGGUGCUGGAACAGGAGGUCAAGGUGCUGCUGAUAGGUGCAUCAUCCCUGACCUUGCAGGGGAUAGUUUGAAUGCUGUAAGAGGUGUUAGAGUGAAGAAUUAUGUUACUGCUGAAAAUGCAGGAGACAGUGUUUCUGGGGAACGCUGCACUGAUGAAGUAAGCAAAAUUGUUCAACAUCCUGUUAAAGCUACGAAAAAGGAACAGAGAAAACAUGAACGUGGUGCUGCCAGAGAUACUGGAAGCAAACAGCAGUUGAAAAACAGUGGAAAAGCAGGACAUGAGGACAGGGUUGAUAGGGUUCCCUUUAAUAAGGCAGGAAACAGAGACUAUCAUACACAGUACUGACAUGGUAAUAAUGUUAGCGGUGAAGGUGAAUUAACAUGACGAAGUGGAGGUCAAGUGUUGUUGCCACUGGCAACACUGGCCAUAGGGAGAAAACUAAAAGAAGCAUCGACAUUAGAGAUGCAGAUUAAUGCUCUCAUAAGAUCACUGAUAACGUAGAAAAGGUAGUCGAACAAUAGGGAACCUUUUUAGUGUCAAUUUCUGUGUAUCAGUAAAAGAUGAUUGACUGCCAAUAGCUUUGUUGUACGCUUAGGUGGUAUCUACAGUAUUUUUUCAUGCUGUCAUUCCUGAUAGACAUUUCACCCUGCAAUAUGGUAUAUGAUAGUAUUUUUUAAAUAAAAAAAAACACAAAUCGUGCUGGCUUUUAUAAAUCAGAGACAGCCUAAAUGGGCUCAUCAGUGUGGAAGUUGGGCACUAGGGAAACAAGGGAAACUCCUUGUUCAAGAGUUAAAAAGGUCACUCUUCUUUUAUUGACACCACUCCACUUCUUCAUUGUUACAGAACUCACUAUGUAACCACCCCCUAGGUUAUAUGAGAAAUGUAGUAAACCAAUCUGUAAAAACUGUACAGUAAAAACUGUAGCGUGAAUGUAAACUCUUAAGAACUUGGGCAAAAUCGCUGUGAAUUAUAUUAAAUAUUAAAUGGUCACCACAAACAAAUUA